AUGUCUGCCGUGGAGAAGGUGAUGCUCUUCCAGAGAUGCGUCAUCACCGUGCUGCAGCCGCUUCUUGAUGGCAUGGAAAGUUCGUACUCAUGCGGCAUCUUGCUAUGUCGUCUUGCUAUGCGGCAUCUGCAGAUGGGUUCCGACUCAGUUACCCUUUCGGUGAUUGGCAAACCGUUCGGCCCCUGCUGUACACCUGGGUGUGCGACUACCCCGAGAGCGGCAAGAUCAGUUGCACACUCUCGCAUGGGUCGCGGAUGCCGUGCAGCAUCUGCUAUGCUGCAAAGUUACCACCCUUACCUUCAUAUCCCAUCCCUCACCCCCGUGCUACACCAGGAGCAUCUGGGGGCUGUCAAGGCACGGAACACGCCUCGCACGCCUGAACAGCAGCAAUGGAUCGUGAAUGAGGCGGCUGGGACGACAAAUAGCCAGGAUAACCCGUGCAAGACCUACUCUACCUAUCCUGUUGAGUGCGUGCUCUGGAAGUGGGAUGUCCCAGGGACCGUGUGGGGCAAUCCCUACCUCGUGGUCAUGCCUGACAUCAUGCACCAGGCGGACCUGGGCAUCAUGAGCCACAUUGUGGCUGUCGUGCGCAAGAUGAAGAAGCGGCGUGUGAAGCAGAUGGACAGGUCAGUGUUUUGGUGGUUGGAUUUGUUGCUCUUGGUCACAUUUACACAAAGUACAAGUGCAGUGCUCUCCCUGACAUGGUUCUGCCCUUGCGUUGAACUGAUGUGUAUGGGCAGGCGCCUGUCACUCAUUCACGACCGCACGCGCCUGAAUCACAUGCGCCUGCCGGAGAGCACCUACUUCGAGACCGGAGCCUGCGUCGCGGCCUAUGAGCACAGGGCCGUCAUGCAGGUAUGA